AUGGCGACGCCGACGCUCAACUUCAUCACCUUCAACCAAGACCACAGCUGUCUCGCCGUCGCAACGUCGAAAGGCUUCCGUAUAUAUCACACCGACCCGUUUUCGAGAAUCUUCAGCAGCGAUGAAGGGAGCACAGCUAUCAUCGAGAUGCUCUUCUCGACUUCGCUUGUCGCACUCACCCUCACGCCCCGGCACCUGAUAAUACAGAAUACCAAGAGAGGAUCCGUCAUCUGCGAACUCACAUUCCCCUCUGCCGUGCUCGCAGUCCGCCUCAACCGCAAGCGCCUCGCCGUCAUCCUCGAAGAAGAAAUCUAUCUCUAUGACAUCUCCAACAUGUCCCUACUCCACACGAUACACACGUCCCCGAACCCGGACGCCAUCUGUGCGCUUUCGCCCUCGUCCGAAAACUGCCUGCUCGCCUACCCAUUGCCCGAACCACGCGAAGAAGCCGAGAACGCUCGGAGACCAGCCCAUGCGCCGCCGCAGUCUGCCUAUGUGUCACCUUCGUCCGGCAAGGUGCUCAUCUUCGACACUAUUGAUAAAAAGGCAGUCAACGUGAUAGAAGCCCACCGCGCCCCUCUGAGCUGCCUGUGCCUGAGCAACGACGGGACCCUGCUGGCCACAGCCUCAGAGACCGGCACCAUUAUUCGAGUCUUCUCCGUACCUGGCGGCCAAAAGUUAUAUCAAUUCCGGAGAGGAACAUAUCCCUCGCGCAUCUACAGCAUGUCCUUCAACCUGAGCGCGACGCUGCUCUGUGUGUCGUCCACGUCGGACACUGUUCACAUCUUCCGGCUGGGGGCACCGCCCACCCAUGCGACGCCGGGUGGCGUACCUAUAGAGCCCCCCGAGCCCCAAAGGCAAGACCGUUGGUCGCGGGCACGGUCUUAUGACGAAGAAGACUCGCCCGGGAAUAGCGCGGCAGAGUCCCCGAGGAGCGACGCCGACGCUGCCAGCGGGGGGAAUAAUGGUUCUGGACCGGGUCGCCGUAGGCAGUCUGGCUCGUUCGGCAACAUGUUCCGUCGUUCUUCGCAGAUUGUAGGCCGCGGCGUGGCCGGCGUGGUGGGAUCCUACCUUCCGCAGACCGUGACCGAAAUGUGGGAGCCGUUGCGCGACUUUGCCUUUAUCAAGAUCCCAAAGUCCAACAACGCAACGGGGUCGCAAAUUUCUCGCAUAGCCGGCGGUGGCGGCGGCGCGCCGCCACGGAGCGUCGUCGCCAUGAGCAGCAGCAGCCCACAAGUUAUGGUGGUGACAAGCGACGGCGGCUUCUACGUAUAUAAUAUCGAUAUGGAGAAUGGUGGUGAGGGGUAUCUGGUAAAGCAAUUCUCAGUGCUUGAAGGGGACGACAGUAGGAGCGAGUCUGCCGCUUGA